AUAGAAGGUACAGCGCGGCCUCAGGGGUCAGGUUCCGCGUCCGAGCACUCAGCAGCAGGCAGCCACAGAGCUCAACCAAGCAGCGAACAGUAGCAUGUUGAGGGGUCGCGGUAGCGGAAGCCGCUUGCCACCAGCUCCAAUCGGGAGGCUUAGAGAGCGAUCGGCGACGGCGAAGUGCCGCCGUCCCGCAAAUCUGAACCGCAUUCCCAGUAUGGCGGAGGUACCGCGAUACUUCCCAGUACAUCCAGGGAAUUCCUCACGCAGCCAGGGCAAGCUGGAAACAGAUGGGCGUCAAGUAACCCAGCCGGCCGGAGGCGGAAGUCGCUACGCAGGGCGCCGCCAUGACUUUUUGGGCCUGCUGGGAAGGGGAUUUCCUACCGAAAGUAGGAGUCAAGGAGGCUGGGCCGGGCGCCGCCAUGACAACUUGAUAUCGGAAAAGGCGGGACUAUUCUUCCUCAUUGAUCCUCCUCCAGCAUCGGCCUCAGGAUUGUAUUAUGUCGCACAGGCAGGCGGCCCUGGAGAUCACUGCUCGCUACUGCGGCCAGGAGCUGGAGCAGUAUGGCCAGUGUGUGGCAGCCAAACCGGAGUCAUGGCAGCGAGACUGUCACCACCUUAAGAUGAGCAUUGCCCAGUGCACAUCCGCCCACCCAAUCAUCCGUCAGAUCCGCCAGGCCUGUUCGGAGCCUUUCAAGGCCUUUGAGGAAUGUCUUCGACAGAAUGAGGCCGCCAUGGGCAACUGUGCGGAGCAUGUGCGCCGAUUCCUGCAGUGUGCAGAGCAGGUGCAGCCGACACAUAGACCCUCCACCUUGGAGAAGAAUUUGAGAAUCAAUUGCAAACAUCAUGGCCCUUUAAUCCUUCAGUGAUACAAAGUGCACUUGUGGCAGUGGUAAAUUCUCUGGCGGGGCCCUCCAUAGGCUGGGAUGACAGUAAGACACGGCAACAGUGAAAGGACUCCCUGCUGUUACUGGAAAUCACGAGACUCUGAAAUAGCAGAGGCAAGUGGGAGCACUUAACCAUCAGAGGCAGGGUGGACAUAAUUACUGGAACGGGCAGCAGUCUUGCAGUGGCAACCAGGGUGUCUUGAUAGAGACCUGGGGCAAUGGCUAAUGAUCCAUAAUGUCUUUGGGGAAGAGAUAUGAUGGCAUCUGAAUAUUGUUUGGUUGUAUAACCAGAAAACGUGGAGAGCUGGGAAGCAAAAGCCUGGUGCCCUUCACUUCAAUGGAAAAUUACAAGUUUUCACCCGGUUUCUAGAUGAGUCCGUUUUUAGACUGACAGACGGGCAUUCCAGCUCCCUGUGAGGAAGAAGCUGGUGAGGCCACUGCAAAAAUGUACAAUAUUCCUUUAGUUUUUCUUAAACAGACCUGUGGCUGUUUUCUAGAGAAACUGUCCACCACAGAAAAGGGAAUACAGAGGCUUCUUAUAGGUGGCAAGGCCAGCAGAAUACAUUGACUGUCCUGCCCCAGUGCUGUGUUAACUCUCCUGCUUUCUAUUACAGCAUAAUCCACAGGGAUCUUGAUCAUCUUGAUAUUCUAUGGGACAUGGUACUAAUUGAAUUUUGUUGAACAAAAUAUGGUAAGUACUCUGGAUGCCCAGAUGCCAGCUAGCAGGGGAAAAAAAAAACUUUCCCCCAAAUUCAAAGUGUUUGCUAUACUGGUGAAAUUUUUAUGAACCCACUGGUUUGGGACAAAUGCUAUACCUUAAGUACCUCCAUCACUAUGGAAGAUGCAGAUAGUAUUAAAAAAGAAAGAAAUAGUAUUUUGGGGAACUCUUUGAGACAAAACAGCACUGAUUCAUUUACUUUCUAGUUCAAACAAUGUCCGGAGGAAGAGGAGAUUUCUCGUGGACCCAAA